CACACACACACACACACACACACACACACACACACACACACACACACACACACACACACACACACACACACACACACUCUAUUUGGCUUCAAGAAGACCGUAGAUCAUCUCAAAAGGUGGAUUUUAGCACAUUUCAUCGUCACUGUGAAUCGAAGGCUUUUUCCAUCAGAGUGGGAUGUUGUGGAUUUAAACGCCGUCCUCACAUCAGACACACUCAGACAGACAGCAGGACUGAGCGGAGACCAGCGGCAGCAUGAAGCUGAUCUGAGGUUUUCCAGGUGAGACGGCGUCCUCACAUCAAGCAGAGAUAUACAGAAGGACUGAGGAGGGACGGAGAGCAGCUUCUUCUCUCCAAAAGUGUCUGAAGAAGAUGUGAAGAGAGUUGAUCAGGACAUGUGAUUUCUGUGAAAGAUGAAAAACCCAUUCUGUCAUCAAAAUAAGAAGAGUCAAGCAUCUCAGCUGAAUCAAACUUGUCAGCUCCUCACCGUGGUCUUUCCAGGGAUUCUAUGAACACAGAGUGAAAAUUUAGUGAAAUAAAUCAGACUCUUCACAAGGUCAAAGAUGAGCUCAGAUCCAGAAGUCCUGCUGGGGAUGCUGGAUGAUUUGUUAAUAGAUGACUUUAAAAGGUUCAAGUUCCAUUUGAGCAAUGUUGGGAUCUUUGAAGGAUGCAGAGCAAUCCCAGCAGGACGACUGGAGACAUUGGACAAGCCGGACACAGCGAGUCAGAUCCACCAGACCUACAGCAAUCAUGCUCUUGAACUCAUGAAACUGGUUUUAGAGAAAAUAGGAAAGAGGAAUAUAUGGGAUGAACUUACAUUAAAUGUCUCAGAACUUGAAGGGGAAGACGGUCCUCAAGAGGUUUGUUUGUCAGCGAUAUCUAAGAGGUGCCAGGAAGAACUUAAGUCCAACCUGAAGAAGAGGUUCCAGUGUGUGUUUGAGGGGGUUGCUAUGCAAGGAGAGUCCACCCUCCUGAAUCAGAUCUACACAGAGCUCCACAUCACAGAGGGAGGGGCUGCAGAGGUCAAUCAGGAACAUGAGGUCAGACAGAUUGAAACAGCAUCCAGGACAGCAGACAGAGCAGAGACAAGCAUCAGACCAGGAGACAUCUUUAAAGCCCCACUUAGAAGAUCUGAACCAAUCAGAACAGUGCUGACAAAGGGAGUGGCUGGCAUUGGGAAAACAGUCCUGACACAGAAGUUCACUCUGGACUGGGCUGAAGACAAAGACAACCAGGACGUCCACUUCAUAUUUCCAUUCACCUUCAGAGAGCUGAAUGUAGUGAAGGAGGAGGAGUUCAGCUUGGUGGGACUUGUUCAUCACUUCUUCACUGAAACAGAAGAAGCAGGAAUCUACAGAUUUAAGAAAUUCCAAGUGAUCUUCAUCUUUGAUGGUCUGGAUGAGUGUCGAUUCCCUCUGGACUUCCACCACGCGAAGAGCGUGACUGACAUUAGAAAGUGCACCUCAGUGGAUGUUCUGCUGAUAAACCUCAUCAGGGGGAAACUGCUUCCUUCUGCUCGCCUCUGGAUCACCACACGACCUGCAGCAGCCAAUCAGAUCCCUGCUGACUGUGUGGACAUGGUGACAGAGGUCCGAGGGUUCACCGACCCCCAGAAGGAGGAGUACUUCAGGAGGAGGUUCAGAGAGGAGGAGCAGGCCAGCAGGAUCAUCUCCCACAUCAAGACCUCCCGAAGCCUCCACAUCAUGUGCCACAUCCCGGUCUUCUGCUGGAUCACUGCUACAGUUCUGGAGGAGGAGCUGAAGAGCAGAGAGGGAGGAAAGCUGCCCAAGACCCUGACUGAGAUGUAUAUCCGCCACCUGGUGGUCCAGGUUAAAAGAAACAAAGUGAAAUUUGAUGGAGGAGCUGCCACAGAUCCACACUGGAGUCCAGAGAGCAGGGAGAUGAUAGAGUCUCUGGGAAAACUGGCUUUUGAUCAGAUGCAGAAAGGAAAUCUGAUCUUCUAUGAACGUGACCUGAUAAAAUGUGGCAUUGACCUCAAGGUAGCCUUAAAGUACUCAGGAAUGUUCACACAGAUCUUUAAAAAGGAGAAAGGCAUCGUGGACAUGGUGUUCUGCUUUAUCCAUAUGAGCCUUCAGGAGUUUCUGGCUGCUCUUCAUGUCCAUCAGACCUUCAUCAACUCUGGAAUCAACCUGCUGAAAAAACAACAGCAAACAUCCUGGUGGUCAAACCUGUUGAAGCAGAAACCUAAACUCCACCAUCUCCAUCAGAGAGCUGUAGAUGAGGCCUUGACGAGUCCAAAUGGACACCUGGACUUGUUCCUCCGCUUCCUCUUGGGUCUUUCACUGGAGACCAAUCAGAUUCUCAUUCAAGAUCUGUUGACACAGACAGGAAGUAGCUCACAGUCCAAUCAGGAAACAGCCCAGUACAUCAAGAAGAAGCUGAGUGAGAGUCUGUCUGCAGAGAGAAGCAUCAAUCUGCUCCACUGUCUGAAUGAACUGAAUGAUUGUUCUCUGGUGGAGGAGAUCCAACAGUCCCUGAGAUCAGGAAGUCUCUCCACAGAUAGACUGUCUCCUGCUCAGUGGUCAGCUCUGGUCUUCAUCUUACUGUCAUCAGAAGAAGAUCUGAAGGAGUUUGACCUGAAGAAAUACUCUGCUUCAGAGGAGGCUCUUCUGAAGCUGCUGCCAGUGGUCAAAGCCUCCAACAAAGCUCUGUUGAGCUGCUGUGGUCUGUCAGAGAGAAGCUGUGGAGCUCUGUCCUCAGUUCUCAGCUCUCAGUCCUCCAGUCUGACACAUCUGGACCUGAGUAACAACGACCUGCAGGAUUCAGGAGUGAAAUGUCUGUCUGCUGCAGUGGAGGAUCCACACUGUUCACUGAAAACUCUCAGGUUGAGCGGCUGUGGUCUGUCAGAGAGAAGCUGUGGAGCUCUGUCCUCAGUUCUCAGCUCUCAGUCCUCCAGUCUGACACAUCUGGACCUGAGUACCAACACCCUGCAAGAUUCAGGAGUGAAAAUGCUGUGUGCUGCAGUGGAAGACCCACACUGCAUACUGACUGAUCUCAGGUUGAGCUGCUGUGGUCUGUCAGAGAGAAGCUGUGGAGCUCUGUCCUCAGUUCUCAGCUCUCAGUCCUCCAGUCUGACACAUCUGGACCUGAGUAACAACGACCUGCAGGACUCAGGAGUGAAGCGUCUGUCUCUUGGACUGGAGAGUCCUCACUGUAAACUGGAAGCUCUCAGUCUGUCAGGGUGUCUGGUCUCAGAGGAAGGCUGUGCUUCUCUGGUCUCAGCUGUGAGAUCCAAGUCUUCAAAACUGAAAGAGCUGGACCUGAGCUACAACCAUCCAGGAGACUCGGGAGUGAAUCUUCUGUCUGUUGCCAUGAAGGAUCCACACUGCUCACUGGAGACUGUCAGGGUGGACCAUGGUGGACAGCAGAGGCUCAAACCUGCUUUGGGGAAGUAUUUCUCUCAACUGCAACUGGAUGAAAACUCAAUGAGCAGAAAGCUCAAAUUGUCCAACAACAACAGGAAGGUGACCCAUGUGAAGGAAGAGCAGCCGUAUCCUGAUCAUCCUCACAGAUUUGACGACUAUCAGCUGCUGUGUAAAAAUGCUUUGAGUGGUCGAUGUUACUGGGAGGUCGAGUGGAGCAGAAACGUUUCUAUUUCAGUGAGUUACAGAGGAAUCAAAAGGAAAGGAGUCAGUGAGGAGUGUUUGUUUGGAGCAAAUCAUCAGUCCUGGAGUCUGAGGUGCUCUGAUACAGGUUUCUAUGUUUAUCACAAUAACAGAGUAACACCCAUCUCCUCCUCCUCCUCCUCCUCCUCUGGUAGAGUAGCAGUGUAUGUGGACUGUCCUGCUGGCUCUCUGUCCUUCUUCAGAGUCUCCUCUGAUUCUCUGAUCCUCCUCUACACCUUCAACACCACAUUCACUCAACCUCUGUAUGCUGGGUUUAGACUCGGGUACUUUGGAUCCAUGGUUCUUCAGUGAGUCUGUGUCCUCUGUAGGAAGGAUGGUCUCUGUCUCUGACAGCAGGAAGGAGGAAAAGUAGCUCCUCAGGGCUAGACUCGCAAGAGCUCAGACUUCAAAUGAGAUUUAAAAACUCACGGAGAACGGGAAAAGAUAUGCGUGCAAGUAUCUGGAGAAAGGAGGUGACUGAGGCACGCUGGUUGUGUUAUUUCACCACCAUGCUGAGGGACAUCGACCAACCGAACAACGUGAGUAAUAUUUAUUAUUAGUGUGAAGUUGAGAUCAUUUCUUCUGUAUACUCUGUGAUUGAAAUGGUUGUGUACUGUGUUCUGUGGGUUGGGGUUAGGGUAAUUCAGAGGGGAGAUUUGCUGUUUUGAGUUCCAGGCGUGUGUGUGUGUUCAUGCACAGGUCAACCACAGGAGUGAAAGUAAAUGCAUGUCAAUAUGUUUGCACUGUAAAGUUUUUGCUAUUUACGAAGUUACAUUUCAUGCAUUUACUGAAAUAGAUGGACUAUUUUGUUUUAAGAAACUCAUUCUGUUGUAUUAUAUCACUACUUUCUGUGUUUAAGAGAGAGCUGGUACUGUUGUCUAUAUUAAUGCCACAGUUGUUUUGUUGGGUUGGUUGGGUUUAACGACAUUUCUGUUAUGUUUUUUAAACUACAAACCUCAAUCCUAAAACAUUAAUGCUGAGUCUAUAAUUUGAUAGAUCAGUAGGGGAAUAAAGUCCCACAUAAAAUGUAUAUUGUGUCCAGUCAUUUCUUGACCCGGCUACAGAUAUAUGAGAGACAUAAGACCACACCAAAAAAAAAAAAAAAAAAAAGACUAACAUUUUCGUGCAACUGUGUUAUUCAUAGUUCAAAUGAAUAAGAAGUAGGUGCAAUAUCAUAGUGAUAUAGAUAUAUCAAGGUUGAUAUAAAUGGCAGAGUGCCGAAAGGCAGGUUGGAGUAUUCAGGAAUUGGAUUGCCCUGGGUACAAAGGUGUCCUUUCCUCUAUGUGUCCUCUCUGCUUGUCAAAAGGUCGCUCCACAGCAUAUGCAAUUUCUUCUUUGUUCCAUCUUAUGUUUGUUGUUGUUUCAUUGCUGUGGUGCUUCUUGAAAUGUUCAAUCAUAAAAGAAUAAAAGUAAAUCAUUGACAUUCCAA